ACUGCAGACGAUUACAGAUGAAAGACCUAUCGAUUAUUAAAAUAUAUAAACAUAGCGGCUCUAAAAUUCGCCAUCCGAGAAUUGAGGCAUGGAUUAGCUUGUUGAACAUGGCAGAUGAUGAUGAUGAUGGCUACAGCAUAGAGGCAAAUCCAACAGAAUUAAGUGGUAAUUGUUCCAUACGCAAACGUAGAAGAGAUCCCCACAGCUACAAUGUAUCGGCUAAUCUGCCGACGCGAUCACGAGGCUCAUGUGGAAACUCAAAGCAAGAGUCACAAUUGGAAGAAUGGGAAUUGCGUGAAUACCGAAUUUUUGAGGCAGAUCGGUUGGACUGCCUGCGUGCACAGCAAGAGCCAGUGCGAGUGCGUCUUAUACCAGCAUCACAAAAUUUUACUUCGUUGCAAUCCAUGUUGGAACAAGAUGAUGUAGAAAACACAGAUAAAGUCGAGCCAGAGGUAGAUGCAACAGAUUCAGAGAACAUUGUACAGCUAAUACUGAGGGAUUUCUGUUCGUCACCCACAUACACGGAGGACGACGAGGAACUGUUACUAGAAGAUUAUUCGCCCUGGUUUCGUUUUCGUAACAAAAAAAUCAAAACCUUUGGAAAGACACGAUCCGAAAUUAGUGGACCAGCAGCCAGAGCUGAUAUUGAGGACUGCUUGAGCUGCUCUUCCUCGGAACUGUCUGUGCAAGAGGAUUACAACCCCCAAGUGCCCACAAGGACCAAUUGCGUCUUCGAUGUGAAUAGCUCACAGAAGAUCUGUGAGAAUUUGCAGAAUUUGAGUGCGUUCUUCAACACUCAAGGCAAUGCAAAUAAAUCGAUUAAUCUACCCGAUAUGCAAAUGGAAUUGAAGAAUUCUACAGUAUUGGAAGCGAAAGACUACGAGGACGACGAACCAACAGGUAUUCUGGAAGACAAUGGUUACUUUAUUGGCAGCACCGAGCAAUGUAAAUAUCUUGAUGACAACUGUGAUAGUAAAAUAAUAGAUAAUGCUGAUUUUUCACUAUUUAGAUAUGAAAAUGUACAAACAGUUGAGAAAUUACGAGAUACCCACUUAUGUGAUGAUAAGAAAGUAUAUUCUGUAAAGACUCAGUUGGAGGAAGCUAAGGGCUCUUCAGAGAUUGAAUUGCUUGAGGAAAUAGCCUUAAGUGAGUGGCAGCCCAUGGAUAUAGAGAAGCUCAGCACAGACGAGCAACAAGGAAGGACUUGCAAUCAGGAGAUGGAGAUGCAGGUGAAUGCAUUCAGUGAGUGGGAUCCUGUAGAGCGAACAGGCAAACCAAUGAAAAUUCAAAAGGCACAGGCAAAGGCAGAAACUGGCUACUUCCAAGAGAUAAGUAAAGUAGUAGAAGCUAGAUAUCCUACUGAUAAUUCAGCAAGCAUUCAAUUUCGCACUGCAUCGAAUAAGGCAAUGAAAUUAACAGAGGCAAUGAAAACAAAAGCAGCUAUGCUGAUGGCUGAUUUGGAAAUAGUUGUCGACGAUCAAGCGGGGGAUGAUAUAACAAUCAAAAACAUGCAAAAAAUAGAACAUGCGUCAGCCUCGAGGAGAGAUGAAGUAGCUACAGACUGUGAUUUGCUUGCGGGGAUUCCCUUUAGUGAAUGGCAGCCAAUGGAUAUACCAGACAGCAAACGGGAUGAGCUCGACGUUAGUAAUCAAUUGGAGAUAAUACCAUUUAGCGAAUGGCAGCCCAUAGAUAUACCAGAUGCUAGACAGCAACCAAAAGAAGUGACUAGCCGUGCACAGCAUAAGACAGAGUAUAAACAAAAUGAACUUUUUGAAAAUAUUGAAUUUCGUACUGCUUCGAAUAGAGCUCUUACAUUAACCAAGGAGAUGAGACAGAAGGCAGCGAUGCUGAUGGCUGAUUUGGAAACUGUGAAUGCGGAUCCACAUGAAUCAAUCGAGAUUCAUCAAAAGGUUGAGGCUAGCUGCUCCCAAACAACAAUAGAAAUUGCUAAUGAUCAUUUGCGGGCUGAAAUUUUAAAUCCAGUCGAGUUUCAUACAGCUUCAAAUAAGGUUCUGAAAUUAACAAACGAAAUGAGGCAGAAGGCUGCUAUGCUAAUGUCUGAUUUGGAAGCUGUUAAUGCGAAUCCCCCAGUAGCAACAGAAGACUUGUUAAAUAGAAUUGAAGUGAAGGAAAACACGAUGACGACUAAAGCUAAAGAUAGUUGUUCUCAGUUAAUAAGAGAAGAUGAUGAAAAUGCUCAACCAAAUAUAUCUGAAUGUAUUGAAUUUCACACUGCUUCGAACAAGGUGCUCAAAUUAACGAAAGAGAUGAGGCAGAAGGCUGCUAUGCUAAUGGCAGAUUUGGAAGUCAAUCAACCACUGACAACAAAGGAGUGGUUUGAUGAAGACUGCACAGCAAAAGGCAAGUCAGUAGCCACCAACCUCAGCAAAACUAGCCAAAGAGGGCUUAAGGAAAGAGGAAAGCCUAAGCUAACAAUUGAAACUAUCGAUGGAAUCUACCCGCUUGACAUAGAACCAGAGAAAGGCAUUGGCUUGAAUACAGCUUUCCCACUAGAACAUAAUCAACAUUCACAAGAUCUCAUAUUCGAGACACCCAAAGGCACAACAGAGCUCCAAUGUUCUUUAACACAGCUCUCGGAGCGUUCGCCUCUGGACAGCGAUACAAAGAGUUCGAUAAUAACACGACGUAAUCUCUUAUCCCUCAAUAAAAGACGGAAGCAAAAGCGGAAAUCAGAGAAUUGCAAUGAUGAUGCCGGUCAUACGCCGAUUAGAAGAUUUGCUUCACUGGCUGCAGCGACAAGCACGCCAAUGCCAAGCCACAAGGAAAACAAUGUAAAAGAGGAUGAAGAAAACCCUCCACCCUCUAUGAGGGAGCGCAGCUGCUCGCAAGAUUCGCCACGCCUCGAAAGAAAGCGAAUUUGUAAGCGUAAAAGUGAAGAUGCGCUCUCGCCCAUCUAUGCGCCCACUCACAAAACUAGGCGACUUGGCUUAAGUCGCAUUCGCAACAAAUCAACACAAGAAAUUUGAUUAUAAAUACGCGCCCAAAAAAUU